AUGAUGGAAGACUUAGGCUUUUCAGCAGAAGACCUUGCAUUAAUCAAUUCAGCAGGCGCUCAAUCAGGAAAAGGCUCCAAAGAUUACUACGAGCCGCAAAUAGAAGAAAUGCCUGACCUUUCUCUAGGAAGAAAAUAAUGACGUUGACGGAAAUUGGCCUCUGAGGCGCACUCCUAUGGAGCAGUUAAUUCCAUCCUGAUGAAGCUGAAAAUAGGAUCUUUGCUCCUUUUGGAAGUAGGCCUUCAGGUUCGGGGAAGCCUUGCCGAAUAGGGAAGUUUUGUUUCUCUUCAGAAGGUUUUGCCUCUCACAUAGUCUUCAUCUAUCGGGAUUAUCCUGGCAGAGGGUCGCUCUAAUCUAAGGAGCUGAUCCUUAGGUAGGUGAGUUUCGCCAAAAAAUUGAAUAGGGUGGAAUUUUGUUUGGGCCUUACACCAUUUGCACUCUAAUGCAUAUGCACCUAGCGUAGGCCGCCUUUACAAGAGUCAAGGUAGUCCGACUAGUGGAACUCGCUUAUGGCUUUAUAAUUUUAAUCUUUCAAUCUUUUUAGGCCUUUCUCCAUUUUCUGAAGAAGCCAAGCAAAAGUGGGUGCAGGUCAAAUGACAUUGCCUUUUUGAUAGUGUCCAUUUCACCGAAAAAUUUUUGGCCGAAAAUUGGUUGAAAAUUUUUGAUAUAGCCUGUUCCCGGCUAUAGUGAGACAUUGACCAAAAAAAAAAACCGUUAAUUUUCGGCCAAAUGUCGCACUAUUAAAAAUUUUCGACCAAUAUAUUUCUAUGAAAUGUACACUGUCAAAAAUCCACUGUCAUUUGGCAUGGAGCCAAGCAAAAGUAUAUCCAAUCAAGAGACCAAGAAAUCCACAAACGCAAAAUGAGAUACUUAAACAAAAUCUGCACAAAAUCUCCUCAACCAGAAAAGAAAGGAUUAAUAACCAAAGUAGAUAGAAUCCAAAAAUUCAUAAAAAAGCUUAAAACAUUCAGCGAGGAAUCUGCAGAAGCAAUAAUUCAAGAAAUGGAUAGCUUGAAUUUAAAUAGAUAUGUAUCAGAAGUAGCAGGCUCUAUAAGCGAAACCAAAAUGCAGUUAAAAGAGCUUCCUUUUUUAAUAGAUUGUUGCUGUGGCCUGCACCAAAGAUAUCCAAGCUUUUCAAAAACAUUAGAAGAAUGCCUCAAAAAGCAGCAUAAAGAGAGUGAUAACGUCAGAAAAAGAAGUAUCCUACGCUUUAUUACAGAAUUAAUCAUCCAUGGUCUAUGGGAAGACACAAAAGGCUAUCUUACUCCCCCUCCGUGAGCAAACAAAACCAUCACCCUCUGUGAGUGAGCAAAAAAUUUUUUAAUAUAAAAUUUUGAUGAUUAAUAUUUCGAUAUAUGAGUGAUAAGUAUUAUAAUGAAUCUCUUAAUUUAAGCAGCUUGAAUUUUAAAACAUAAAUUUUACAAAUUAAAUUAAUAUUUGCUUUAAAAUUAUUCAUAUCGGAUUUUUUAAAUUUCGAAUAAAAAAUUUCACUACAAAAUUUAUUAUUCCUUACUAUGUAUGGGCGAAUAAAGUAUUUUUGUUCGCUUACACAGAAUGGAGUUAGGGUAAUCCAAAACUAUGUAAUUUACCAAUAGGGCUACAUCUCAAGGCGAAAACCUGGAAAACUCUUUAUCAAUUUUAUCCUCUAUAUUUCGGUACCGUUCUGAAGAAUUAUUAGGCUUUCCUCCAGUUUCUGAAAAAAUUUUAUUAGAAACCCGUCAAAUUGUUCCUAUGAACAGGCUAAAAGUUCUUGAUGAAAAUGAGCAAAAAAUAUUAAAUAAAAUAUUGACCCAGUUUUAUGAAUCUUCUAUGAAAUAUCUACUAGACCUUCACGAUAAAUGCAAAAAAGUCGAAGCCCGCAACACCCAAAUAAAAAUUGAGCGCAGCGUAGUAGACGAAGAAAGCUCAGCUGAAGCGGUCGGGCUUAGAAAUAAGCUAAAUAAAUGCUUUACAGCUCUACAGAUAAUGAGUGAUGUUUCAGGCUUUGAGCCACCUGUUCUAAUAGAAGAAAAGCCUAUAGAAGUCGUAGAAGAAAUCAAAGAAGUUAUCAUAGAAAAUAUUUUUGACAGUGAGGAAGAAAAAAAUUUUUAUUUAAAAUUGCCUAUAUUUGAAGAAAGAAAAAAUAAAGAAGAGCAUAAGGACUUGAAGGCGGAGUUCGAAACUUUUAAGAAAAAAUUCGGACAGUGUGUAUCAAAAGAAGAAGCUGAUACACUUGCUGAAGAAUUUUUACAUAUUGCAAAUAAAUCUAAUAGAAAAGCAUUAGUUGGACUUGUUGGGGCUUCUAAAACAACAACCUUGCAUUUAUUGCCGUUCUAUGCAAGGCUGAUAGCUAUUGUAGGAAGAGAGUUUAAAGAUGUCAAUAAUUGGCUGCUCCAAAAGCUGGAAAGCGACUUCAAACAGUUUCAAGAGCAAAACGACGCUACAUCCACUGAUAACUGUAUAAGACAAGUAAAGUUGAUGUCAGAAUUACUAAAAUUCCAAAUUGCCCAGCCAAGUUUACUAAUAAACUGCUUACUCCCCCCCCCCCCCUCCGUGAGCGAACAAAAAAAUUUUGUUCGCUCACGGAGGGGGGUUAAUUUUUUUUUUUAAAAAAAUUUAUAUAUAUAUAAAUUUUAUAAAAAAUAUUUUUUUCGAAAUUUAAAAAAAUCCUAAUUUGCAAAAAUUGGGAAGCAAAUAUUAAUUUAAUUUGCAAAAUUUAUGUUUUAAAACGCAAUUUGUUUAAAAUUAAACAGAAUUAGCUCUAGAUUUCAUUAUACUAAUUAUCACUUAUAUAUCAAAAUUUUUUUCCAUUAAAAUUUUUUCUAUUAAAAAAAAAAUUUUUGUUCACUCACGGAGGGUGGGUUUUUGGUCAAAAAAUGCCGAUUUUUCUAAUGGUUUUGUUCGCUCACGGAGGGGGGGGGGAGUUAGAGUCGUGUCUCAGCGGUUUCAGUGGGCAAAAUAUAGAAAUUGCUUGCCAUACUCUGAAUUCCUGUGGAAGAUAUUUAUAUAAGCAUCCAGUCACUAAUGAGAGAAUAACACUUAUGGUAUCAAGAAUGCAAAGAUUGAAAACUAAAAAGCAUCUUCCGCCAGAAACUGAGCAUAUGGUUGAUGAAUCUUGCUAUUCGUGUGUCCCACGUGAAAAAGUGCAGAAGAAAAAGUCAACGCCAAUUUUAUAUGAAUACAUAAAAUGGUUAAUAAAGAACCUGGAGCCAAGCACUUGUGAAAAGACAAUCAAGGACAUAAAAAUGCUACCAUUCCCUGAAAGUGAAGAAUUUAUAGUGAAAGCGAUUAUCCAAAUGGUUUCUAACUCUUCCCAUCUAUGAGCAAACAAAAAUAUUGGAAAAGUCCUUAUUUUUUGGGUAAAAACCGCCUCUAUGAGCGAGCAAAAAUAAAGAUUUUUUAUGAAAAAAAUGAGGAUUAUUAGUAUAAUGAAAUCUCUAGCUAAUUCUGUUUAAUUUUAAACAGUUAAAAAUUAAAUUAGUAAUUGCUUUAAUUUUUGAAAAAAAAUUAUAGCAAAUUUGUCCGCUCAUGAAGAUGUGAGUAAAGGAAAAAUUCAAAAUAUCCCCAUUAUUGCUAAUAUGCUUGCUGGGAUCCGAAAACAUUCCCCUCUUUCAGAAACCAUCCACAGCUUAAUCGACACUACCUGCGAAGACAUUUUAAUGGACUUAAAAGAAAAUAAUUUCAGAAAAUGCCAGCAUCGAGUAUUAAUAGUGAAAUUCUUCGGCGAACUUUACUGCUAUAAAAUAAUAGACAAGGAGCUUGUAUAUGAUAUGCUAUUUGCGUUACUUUAUUAUAAAAAUGAAAAUGAUGACCCCACUGAUACUUUUCGAGCUAAACUUAUAUGGUCGCUUCUAGACUCAGUUAAAGAAUACUUUAUAGUUGACAAGCAUCGACAAAAAAUCAACCGUUUUUUAACCCAUUUCCAGUACUUUUUGAUCACAAAACCAUCUAUUACUAAAGACAUGGAAUUUUUGGUGACUGAUAUUUUGGAGACUUUUAAGCCGAAUCCAAAACUCAACAGAGAAAAUUAUAAAGAAAUCCAUUAUAUGUUUUUCCUCUAGGAAAUUUUCUCUUUUAGACAUUUAAUUGGGAUUAUUUUUUCCUUGUAAGCCAUUUGGCUUAAAAAGUUUUUUUUUUAAAGCAAAAAUCAAAGUUUCUAUUAUACACACUUAGGCUCACCAUAAGCAGCAGCUUUUGCUGUUUAUGGUGAGGGUAAAAUUGUAUAAAUAAUCCUGAAUAAUGGAAAAAAAAGGACAAAAGACACAUAACGAUAAAGAAAUCAUGAGAAAGCUACUAGAAGAAGAAAGAAAGCACAUAAACGACUCUGAAUCUGAAGAAGAGUCAAAAGACCCAAAAACCCCUGAAAUGAUGAAAAUCCCUUCAUUUGACACAAAUUCAAGUGAAGAAGAAAAAGAAUUCGACAACGAGCUUGAAGAUUUUAUUACAGAAAGCAUCCACGAAGCCAAAAGUGUGGGGAUUAUCAAAGAAAAAGAAAUUCCUACUGUUUUUAGUGAUGCUUCUAAUAGUGGGAAUUUUAAAUUAUUAUUCAAAAAAGGAGGAAGAGUUCAAGCUAAAACUGUUAUGCUGCCUACUUCUCAUGCGUUGACUCAAAGAGCAGAAGAAAGACAGAAAAUUCAUGAAAGAGAAAGAGAGCACCUAGCAAGAGUUGUCACAGAACUACAUCAAAGAAGCUUGCAAGAAGAACAUGAAAAUUAG